CCGACACGCUGCUAGUCUCCGCUCGGCUGCUGCGUGGUCGCCACAUUAUCUGAGAAGCCAUAGAGUAAACAUGAACGGCGAGAAGACCGAGUCCGCCUUUUACGAGAUGAGCGGUCGCAUUCCCGACGAUGCCAUCGCCGAAAAGAAGCUGGAGCUGCGGAAAAGUGGCCAACCCGACCUCAGGAUGACCUUUUUGAGUUUAGUCGACGCCCUGAGCCACGCGUUGGCCAUCUGGCUCGUAGUCUACCUGUCCUGGGACUGCCUCAGCCAUUUCGAGCUGCUCGCUUGGCACGGACCGCUUUUUACACUUGCGUACGUGUUGUUCAUGACGGAGGGCUUGCUCAUCUUCCUGCCGCACAGCGUGCUCACCCGGGGCUGGGGCCACAAGCAUCUGGUCAAGCUGCACUGGAUUUUACAGCUUUUGGGAUUCAUAUGCAUUGUUCUCGGCAUGAUCAUCAUCAUCGUCUACAAACUUUUGAACAACAAACGCCACUUCGCCAAACCGCACUCCAUCACAGGCCUCGUGGCAGUGAUUUUAGCAGUGCUGGUCAGUCUGUUUGGCUGGUGGACCAGACUGCACAGGCAAUAUCACCUGGGCUUCAAAAUGUCUAAUUUGAAAUUGGCCCACACGGCGCUGGGCGUGGUUGCCUACGGCGUAGGGAUGGCUGCUCAAAUUCUCGGCUACUUUUCAAACUACUACAAGAAGAAACACGACGUUGACUGGCGAGUGUUCCUCUCCGUGAUCACCGGCAUGCUGGGCCUAGUGGCCUUCCUCUUUGCCUCCAUGAGCCUCUACAGGAGGACCAAGACUUUUCUGCGCAAGUGAAAAAAGUGAAAAAACGCACGGGACUAAAAUUGACUAAACUUAAUGCUUAAUAGGCGUGAGACUCAGAUCUGCUGUAGGGGUAAUUUGGGAAAUCGCGACACAAUGAGAUUUGUACUGUAUUUAUGAUGUAUUUGAUUGAGAUGGAUG